AUGGAGUCGAAAAACCUUGGGAGGUUUACGUUGGGGAAGCAGUCGUCACUGGCACCGAAACGCCGCAACGAGGAAGCGGAGCUUCAGAAUGAGGGAGACGCCGUUGACCAAAGCGUGAGGUUGAUGUAUUCGGCAUUUGAAGGCGAUGUGGAUGGUAUUCACGAGGUGUUGGAGUCUGGGGUUAGUGUCAAUUUCAGGGAUAUUGAUUAUCGCACUACUCUUCAUGUUGCCGUGUGUGAGGGAUUCACUAAGGUCGUUGAGUUUUUGCUCCAGAAAGAUGCCAAAGUUGACGCCAAGGAUCGAUGGGGAAGCACA